AUGGCCAUGCGGCCACAAAGGCGCCAAAAAUCAUUCCGGCAGAAUAACGUGCCAAGCUACCGGGGCUCACCCACGCGUUCCCAUACACACAGCAGCUGGACCAAAGAGCAACCUCUGCAGCCACACUACCUACCUAAACAAAGAACCUCGGACCAAAGAAGCACGUCUCUACACCCAGAGAAUAUGGCCGAACACUGCAUAGCAGUACAAAAGGACGCUUCCCACAGAAACACCAAAGAGGGACUUAAACCCAGUGGUUCCACUGAGCAAAGCGCUCUGCAUGGACACAGCAAGUACAUACUACUGAUACCCGAAACAGACAUAGGCUGA